AUGCCCAUUGCAUCGCUCGUGGCAGCCCUCCCUCCUGCCAACACUGUGGAGUCAGGCUCUCGAAUCUCGGCGAAGACUCAGCAUCCACUGUCUGGACCACCCGGACCACCCCGGUCGAGAAACUGCACUGCUCCGUGGGCCAUCCGGGGGGCUGUAUGUCGACCACAGCCCCCUUCUCUUUCAACCACUACACGGACCCCACCCAGAUCCAACCUCUACCACCACCGACCACCAGAGCACUGUUUCACUACUAUCCGAGGCACGACUCCGCCACCGCGAGAGGCUGGCCUCCCGGAACGCCGAUCACUGGACCCCACUCCCAACGGACCUCCACCUGCAACCAUCACCCGAACACAGGACCGAGACCAGGAGCCUGGUCCCGACCUCCAGAAAGCAAUCCACCACAGACCCAGCACCUAA